AAGUGUGUAUGUGCGGGCGACAAGAUGGCGGCGGCGGGGGAAGCAGCGUGAGGAGUCUGGAGGCGCGCCGAGUCCCAUUGAAACGGGCCGCCAUGGCCCUCCACAGCCCGCAGUAUAUUUUUGGAGAUUUUAGCCCUGAUGAGUUCAAUCAAUUCUUUGUGACGCCUCGUUCUUCAGUUGAGCUUCCUCCAUACAGUGGAACAGUUUUGUGUGGCACAGAGGCUGCAGAUGAACUACCCGAUGGACAAGAAUAUCAGAGAAUUGAGUUUGGAGUUAAUGAAGUGAUUGAACCCAGUGACACUUUGCCGGGAACCCCUAGCUACAGUAUUUCAAGCACGUUGAACCCUCAGGCACCGGAAUUUAUUCUUGGUUGUACAACUUCCAAAAAGAUCCCCGAUGACCUGGACAAAGAAGCAAACUACAGCUCCAUUGAAUACCAGUACCCAGGCUCUCCCCUUGCUUUGGAUACUAGUUCUAAUGUGGAGGCAGAAGUUUUAGAAAAUGAUGGUGUCUCAGGUGGUCUUGGACAAAGGGAACGGAAAAAGAAGAAAAAACGGCCACCUGGAUAUUACAGUUACUUGAAAGACGGCAGCGAUGGUAGCAUUUCCACAGACACCCUGGUCAACGGCCAUGCCCAUCCGGCAGUCCCGAACAAUGUAAGCACAGAGGACGCAGAAUUCAUGGGUGAUAUGCCCCCAUCAGCCGCACCCAGGACUUGUAACAGCCCUGAGAACUCCCUGGACUUUGUCAGUGACUCUCUGCCUGACAGGCCUUUCCCCAGAGCACUGGACAGUCAUGCCAGGACUGCAGGGCAGCCUGAGUUGUGCCACCUGACCAAUUUUGAACAGGCCUGCCUCUCUGCAGACGCUGGCGGGGAUGGCCUGUUAAGGACAGCUGUGGCUCAACCGUAUGUUGGUACUGAUACUACUGAGAACCUUGGAGUUGCUAAUGGACAAAUACUUGAAUCCUCAGAUGAGGGCCCAGCUGCCAACGGGGUGGAGUUGCACAUGGAAAGCACAGACUCGGAGCCUGCUCAACCCCAGAGUGUUUCACCCCCUGCUGAUCUCGUGGCCUCGGCAGCAGGCUCUGCUCCCACCAGUCAGCCUGCUAAGUCAUGGGCUAAUCUUUUCCAUGAUUCCAAGCCCUCUUCUUCCUCGCCCAUGGCUUAUGUGGAAACUAAGUAUUCCCCUCCUGCCACAUCCCCCUUGGUCUCUGAAAAGCAGGUUGAAGUCAAAGAAGGGCUUGUUCCAGUUUCAGAGGAUCCUGUAGCCAUAAAGAUUGCAGAGUUAUUGGAGACUGUAACCCUAAUACAUAAACCAGUGUCAUUGCAACCCCGUGGGCUGAUCAAUAAAGGAAACUGGUGCUACAUUAAUGCUACGCUGCAGGCAUUGGUUGCUUGCCCUCCAAUGUAUCACCUGAUGAAGUUCAUUCCUGUGUAUUCCAAAGCGCAACGGCCUUGUACAUCAACACCCAUGAUAGAUAGCUUUGUUCGGUUAAUGAAUGAGUUCACUAAUAUGCCAGUACCUCCAAAACCCAGGCAAGCUCUUGGGGAUAAAAUCAUGAGGGACAUCCGCCCUGGAGCUGCCUUUGAGCCCACGUAUAUUUAUAGACUCCUGACAGUGAUCAAGUCGAGCCUGUCUGAAAAGGGCCGACAAGAAGAUGCUGAGGAAUACUUAGGCUUUAUUCUCAAUGGACUUCAUGAGGAAAUGUUGAAUCUAAAGAAACUUCUCUCACCAAAUAACGAAAAACUUACUGUUUCCAAUGGACCCAAAAGCCACUUGGUAAAUGAAGAAGAGCAGGAAGAACAAGGCGAAGGAAGUGAGGACGAAUGGGAGCAAGUGGGCCCCAGAAAUAAGACUUCGGUCACUCGGCAGGCGGAUUUUGUUCAGACCCCAAUCACUGGCAUUUUUGGUGGACACAUCAGGUCUGUGGUUUACCAGCAAAGUUCAAAAGAAUCUGCCACGCUGCAGCCGUUCUUCACAUUGCAGUUGGACAUCCAGUCUGACAAGAUACGCACCGUCCAGGAUGCAUUGGAAAGCUUGGUGGCAAGAGAGUCUGUCCAAGGUUACACCACAAAAACCAAACAAGAGGUCAAAAGUCUUUUCUGAGAACACAUGGAGGUUCAUGAGAAAAUACGACUGUACAAAAUAUGCUAUAUAGGAGAAGUCUGGUUUUAUUAGUGCUUAGAAAGUGCCUCAGUUUAUCUGGAAAUCCAAAAUGCAAAUGUAAAUAAAAAGUUGAGAUUAGCCACUUACUGAACUGACUGAAGAUUUUAGAGUCAUAGAUCUCUAAAAAGCACCCAAGAUUUACCUUGGUCCAGCUCUCAUGAUUUGCAAGUUAGGAAACGAGCCAUGGAAACUAGAGUCAUCUCUGGUUAACUGUUGAGCUGUGUUCACACUUUUCAUUAGUUCACAAAUACUUCUUGAGUGUGCUAGGUUGUAAACACGAUGGGAAUAGGAGGAAGCACAAAGCUUGAUUUCCACACCCAGGGGUCUUCGUCUAGGUAAGAAGGCAGGCAUGGCUUGUAAACCCAAGUAGUGCUAAUGGCUGUGCUUGGUGUCCUUAAAAAACUUUCAACCAGAGAUGAAUAUAGGCCCCUGAAAGUUUUUUUAUUAUUUUAUAUAUGCUUCUGGUUUUUGGAUUAUUUCUUUUAAAAAUACUUCUAGUAACAGUGUUCUCCAAAUAAAUACAAAAAGCAUGAAAUGGUUUAUAAGUACAGAGAACUAUAAAUGAAAGGAUUAAAUAUUAUUUGGAAGAAGCAUUUUAAUUUAAAAAAAAACCUAGCUGUGUUUCAAAGCAGCACUCAUUAGACCCGUGAACGUACUUCAGGGACAUAUUAAAUUGAUAAAAGUGAAACUGUUAUAAAACUAACUGACAUCAGUUUAAUAAAUACUAUGACAGUUAUUAAAAAACAGGUUACUCACUGCUGUUGAGUCAAUUCCGACUCAUAGCGAUCCUAUAGGAAAGAGUAGAACUGGCCCAUGGGGUUUCCAAGGCUGAAAACUUUAUGGAAGCAGACUGCCACAUCUUUCUCCCGUGGAAUGGCUGGUGGGUUCGAACUGCCAACCUUUUGAUUAGCAGCCAAGUAUUUUAACCACUGUGCCACCAGGGCUCAUUAUAAGCAGGUUAAUAUGUACAUAAUUGAAGGUACUGCUAAGUUAGCUUUUUUAUUUUCAUGUCAUGUUGUUGUUAAUGCAACAGAACAAAGGUUCUUAACCUGGAGUUCAUGGGUGGGCUUCCUGGAGCGCAGGGAGCCUGUACAGCUGUGUUAUGGGGAUGUGUGCAUUCUUCUAAGAGUGUCAGUAGCUUUGUUAGAGUCUCAGAAGAUUCUGUGACACAACAACGGUUAAGCACUGCCUCAGAACCUGAGAGGAGUCGCCGCGCAGAGUUGGGAACUGGAGAUGGCCGUGUCUGCUGCCUUGAGUAAGACAGGUGAUGUGUCCUUGUGUGUUUUG